AUGGCGCCGGACUCAGGACGCGGGGGCCGGCGCGCUCCGUUGCCGGGCAACGGGCGGGCGUGGGGACUGCGGCGCGCGCUGCUCCAGCGAGCCGCGGUGGCCCCGGGCGGCUCCGACAUGCAGGGCCAGCGGCAGCGGGGCGCCGCGCCCGGCCAGGCGCCCCCUCCCCGCGGGAGCCCGAGCGACCCCGCCGCGGGAGCAGGCGACGUCUCCCUGCGCCCCGCUUCUGAAGAGCGCGGCGCGAGCAGGGCGCCCGGGGGGCGGGCAGGGGCAGGCGCGCAGCGGCUCUCCGGGGAGCGCCUCUCCUGGGCGCGCGAGGGCCCUUCUCCCUGCCCGGCUGGAGGCCCGGACCCAGCGGAGCCCGGCAGCGCCUGGGGGGAGUUUGAAGGCUUUCGGGACGCUUCGGUCCAGUCUGAGCAGUUCUCCCCAAACUUUGAGCGCCCGGAGAGACCCCCGCGUCCUCAGCGGCAGACAGUGGCUUCUACCCAAAAGGAGCGCGGUGCUGGGGUGUCAGGAGCCGCGGGCAGCGCACCUCGUGAGGUAUUUCUGCAGCGGACCUCCGCUUCGCCUCCACACAGCUCCGAGGAUGUGUUCCCGUUUGUUUUUCAGGACACACCAGUCCCCCAGGCAACUGAGGGCAUCUCCCCCUUGAACCACAUCUUAGAAGCGCCCGGCUGGGAAUCUGGACGGCAGCUGUGUUUCCGAGUGUCCCUGGGGCCCCCGGUGCAGCUCGUGGUCCCCGAGACCAUCAGGAACAAAACCGCAAAGUACCGGGCCUCAGGGAGGGUCUGCCCCCUGGAGGAGCCGCUCGGCCGCUCCGAUGAGCCGGGCGGUGCCCGGGGAGGAGGCUCCGAGUCCCGCAGACUCUGGAGAGCCCUGCAGAGCACAGACGGCGCGUCGGCCUCUCGCAGCCUCUGGAGCGGGUCUCGCUGCCAGGAGAACCUGUUCCUUGUUCUCGGAAUAGAUGCUGCUCAGAAGAACCCUUCUGGAGACCUGGGUCACAUUUUGGAAUGUUCUGACCUCAAACAGUCUGAAGACCUGGGCGUGCCUGCCUUCUCUCUGCGGCCCUGCGGAGCCCGGAUCCAGACCAAGCUCCCCGGGACGUCUGGCGGCAGACAGGGGGGCAGCAGAGCUGCCUGCAGUGUCUUUCUGAAGACCCCCUUACCCAGAAACGGGCAGUACGUCACAAUUCCGUGGAAAAAGAAGAUGUUCAAUCCACGUAACCUAAAAAUGACCUUGUUUAAUAGUGACGUUUGCUAA